CUGUGAAUUCGCUGCAUCAAAUUCAAAUUCACAAAAUCAGUCGCUCGCUCGCACACACUGUUAACAGGGUCACUAUUUCCUCACAGCAGAGAAACAUCUCCGAUAAAGAAAUGGAUGGGCAGGACAAUGAGAAUCCUAAACAAAGCACUGCUGAUAUGACUGUUUUUGUGCAAAAUCUUCUUCAACAAAUGCAAACAAGGUUUCAGGCAAUGUCCGAGUCCAUCAUCUGUAAAAUUGAUGAGAUGGGGAACCGGAUUGAUGAAUUGGAGCAGAGUAUCAAUGACCUUAGAGCUGAAAUGGGUCAAGAAGGCUCUCCAUCCCCUUCAGCUUCUCUGAAAGCAAGAGAAGAUCCCAAGUCGAUUGAUGAUUCUACUUAAAAACGUGCCUCUUAUGUUGUAUUGGCUUGUCUGGUUUGCUUUAUUCUUUUUUAUGAUUUAAGAUCGAAAGGCUUCUAUUUUAUACUUCUCCUUUGCCACUGUGAAUCUCAUUUCAUAGCUCCAAUUAUCUGUGCUGGAGCCAUUUGAAUACACUUUCAUUGGCCUUUUUAUAUUUGCUUUUUUGUUGUAUGUUCUGAGCAGCAACCGUUGCUUGAUCUUGAAUUCACUGGCUUUGUUGUCUCGAACCUUAAAAACUUGGAAAUUUUGAGGCUUUAUAGCUAUGUUUUGAAGGUCUA